AUGUCGACGCAUACUGCCACAUAUAUGAGAUGGCAUAAGGAAAAACAGGUAGAUGAUGAUGUGAUGCGGCAUCCUGCAGAUGGGGAAGCAUGGAAAGAGUUCGAUCGAAAUGUUAGAUUGGGACUUGCCACUGACGGAUUCAAUCUGUACGGGGUUCUAAACCAACACCACAACACUUGGCUGAUUUUGUAUUCCCAUAUAAUUUGCCGCCUUGGAAGUGCAUGA